AUGAAGAUGGAUGAUGUUAAUGAUGAUGAUGGUGAUGACGAUGAUGAUGAGGAUAGUGAUGAUGACGUGAUGGUGAUGACGAUGAUGAUGAUGAUGAUGAUGAUGAUGGGUGAUGACGAGAGUGAUGGUGAUGAGGAUAAUGAUGACGAUGAUGAUGAUGACGAUAAUGAUGUUGGGGAUAGUUAUGGCGACGAUGAUAAUGGUAGUAGUAGUGAUGGUUCAACUCAGUAUAUUAUAGCUGUUGUAAGGCUGUAUGGUAGUAGCAAUAGCAACGGCUGGAUUAGUCAGUUUUGGUCUCGAUGA